CGUCAAGGCUUGUUGCUAGGUUACCGUACACGAAUUCUUUUGACAGGUAAGGUUUCGAGAUCGACCGGUUUAAAGUUUUUUGUGGUUGAUUGAACUUUAUUUACGUGAUUUAGAUGGUGAAUGUGGUCACAGUAUGCCCUUCUUGAAGAGACCCCAGACUACAGAACCGCUUGUAAGACUCUGGGACAGAAAAGCCCAAAAAUGUGGCCCGCAUCACACUGUGUAUUCUGUCAAUGGAGAUCAAUACACAGGCGAGUGGAUGGAUAAUAAGAAACAUGGAAAAGGGACGCAGGUUUGGAAGAAAACAGGAAUGAUCUAUGAUGGGGCCUGGAGGUGUGGAAAGAGAGAAGGCUAUGGAACCCUGAGCAAGACUGACCCUCAAACUAAAGAGUAUGUGAGGGUUUAUGUUGGUUCUUGGCGACAUGACAAGAAGGAUGGCGCUGGGACAUGUUUGUACAGUCCGUCUGCUUUCUAUGAGGGGCAGUGGAAGGAAGAUCAGAGGAGUGGAUGGGGACAGAUGCAGUAUGAGAACGGGGAGCUGUAUGAGGGAGAGUGGCUGAAGGACAAACAUCACGGACAGGGUUUGCUUCUGCUAGCUAAUGGAAACCGCUUUGUGGGCACCUGGAGCGACGGACAGAAAAACGGACACGGCAAGUUCUUCCACCUGGACAGAGGUCAGCUGUACGAAGGCUUUUGGGUUGACGGCGUUGCUAAGUGUGGAACCAUGUCUGAUUUUGGGAGAGAAGCAGCGGUUAGACCAACAGUGUAUCCAAUUCCCAAGAUUUGCCUACAGGAUUCACAGGCUGUGCUGAUAGAGGCCCGAGCAUAUUUCACUGAGGACAAGGAGAAAUCAACAGAGACCACGAUUCCAAGUCAUACCGUUGCUAGGCAAUAUGUACCUUGACAAUAUCCUGAAGACAAGAAAGGCAGACUAGUGCAGUGAAAUAUGUUUUAUCAACCCCUCACUCACAAUAAAAACACAAUCACACGAUACAAAAAAAGUUGUUGGCACAUUAUGCAUCUACUAGUAUUUAACAAAAUGCUCAUUUUGGAAAGAAAUGCAUGUCAUAAAUUAUAUAAAAGAACACAAAAGGAUGUUUGGUUGAAGUUGGUUUGAUUAAGACUUUAAUUCAAAUCUAUAAAACUGAGUUUUUAAAUUCCAGCACAUGCUGUGCACUAAUAAAAAGAGCUUCUGAAUCAAACUUUACACACAACAUGGAUAUUAUUUCACAUACUUUGGGGAAAAAAUCAUUGUAUUUCAAUUUGGCAAUACUGAACAUGUUAAUUAAAUGUUGUUUUAGUCAUUUUCGUCAAUGCUGCUGAUGUAACUACAUGCUUAAAUGGUCCUCUGCUUAAUAAACACUUUGUUUCAAAUGUGCUCGCUAGCAUAAUCGCACAAUCCUGCCAGAUCUUUAGCCGUGACGGCUCUAAGCACUUUGUCCAACAUCAGAGUGAACAGAGGCCCCUGUAAUGGGAAGCGGUUUCAAAUACUACCAAAAAAGGUCAGACAAACAUGUUGAUAAAGUGACUUUGUUUCUACUAAGAUGUGCUCAUUCAGGGGUUCAUUUAGGGAAAAAAAAACUGAGUUUGAAUUAGACUCAGAUUUUUAUUUGAUUCAGCUGUUCAACAGCGAAGCCAUGAUUCAGAACGCAUCAAAAUUAUUUGGUCAAGUGGGCAUAAAAGUGUCCCCUGCACUGUAAUAACUUCAAACAAGCCUCUCAUCAGUGUUUAAAAAAGUGUUUUUGUAAUAAACAAAGUAAACUCGUGUCUGUAAGAAUGUAGCUUGCCUUGUGUGAAAAUAAAAACCUUGUAAGUAACAGAGCUGGCACAGCUGCCAUACUGAAAUAAAGGAUUUUCCCUGUGGUGAAUUAAAGGAAUAG